AAAAUUAAAAACAUUAGAAAUUAACCGAUCUAAGUUAGAGAACUCAAACAGUCUAACUCUCUUGCUCUCCUUCCCAGCGCCACAACCUCCAUUGCUUUUCUCCCUGUGCCGCCCUCCGUUUUUCCUUCGCGUCGCCCUCGUUUCUCGGCGGUCACAGUUGAUAUUUAAGUGCGAAGAUGGAACAAGAAGCAGAAAAAUCUGUUCAAGUUCAAGGAGGGAGUUCAGACGGUUCGGAAUCAGAACUAGUUAGUCGGGUAAGGAAGCUUCUGUUUCGCCGAAUGCUGAUUGGGAUCAAAGAUGGGAGAUUCUUCUUGGGUAACUUCUAUUGCAUUGACAAGCAAGGGAAUAUUAUUCUUCAGGAUACCGUGGAGUAUCGUAGCACUCGACGUUCCUCGCCUUCUCCUAUGGAACAAAGGUGCAUUGGUCUUAUUCUCAUUCCUUCUUCUUGCCGGACUUCCUGUCAUGUCGAUGCCUCUAUAGAUGAACAAUUGUCACUUCUAUCACUUAAUGAAAAAUCAGUACUUUAGUUGUUUCACUGUCAUGUGGCAGUUGCUUAGUUUUUCAGUCAUUAUAGAUAAAACCAUGUUUUUGACAUUACAUAGGUGUUCUGGUUCAUUUGUGUGGAGGUAAAAAUAAAAGCAUGUUUCUGACAUUACAUAGGUUCUCUAUAUUGUUGUUGCUUCAUUCAUGCCAAUGCCUUCUUCUGCCCUCAAAUAUUAUAUUGUAAUUUGUAAGCAUCCUAGACUUCAGGUUGCUUGUAUUGUAAUUGAGAUGUUGAGUUUGAUCUA